AGAUAUGUUUUACAAAUAUAGCGCACACUGUACAUUCACGCACACUGGCAUUAUGAUCCAACCUCUUCCAUUUGCACUGACAGCGCGUCGCAAACCUGUCACGGAACGGAAACAAACAUUAGUUUGCCAAAAAUAAACCACCAGAAAGGUGGUUCAGAUUUUGCAAAUCUCGAACCGGUCAAAAGGCAUUCAUGGACGUACGAUGAAAAUAUGCAUGGCAUCGGACUUCUUUUACCCAAACAUGGGUGGAGUUGAGGAGCAUAUAUUUAACCUCUCGCAGUGUUUGCUUGCCCGCGGUCACAAAGUAAUCGUCAUUACGCACUCGUACGGCGAUCGAAAGGGCAUCCGGUACAUGACGAACGGGCUGAAGGUGUACUACAUUCCAAUCAAAGUGUUCUACAAUCAAGUGGUGCUUCCUACGAUGAUCUGCAACAUACCGCUGCUGCGUUACAUUUUACUACGUGAGCAAAUUGAUAUCGUGCAUGGUCAUUCUGCAUUUAGCACGCUAGCACAUGAAACCAUGAACGUAGCAAAACUGUUAGGAUUAAGGUCAGUGUUCACGGAUCACAGUUUGUUCGGGUUUGCCGAUUUGUCGGCGGUGGUUACGAAUAAAUUUUUGGAAAUUUCACUAGCCAACUGCAACCACUGUAUAUGUGUAUCACACACGGGGAAGGAAAAUACGGUUUUACGAGCGAAAGUACAUCAGGACAAGGUUUCUGUGAUACCGAACGCUGUCGAUACGGCGUACUUCACACCAAAUCCAUGCCGUAGGCCUAACGAUGAUGAAACAAUCAAUAUUGUGGUUGUUUCUCGCCUGGUGUAUCGGAAAGGAGUCGAUCUGUUGGCGGGAAUAUUGCCAAAGCUUAAACAUCUGCCCAACGUUCACUUCAUCAUCGGUGGUGACGGACCGAAGCGUGCUCUGUUGGAAGAAAUUCGGGAACGGAACAACAUGCAGGAUCGUGUGGUAAUGCUGGGUGCGUUAGAGCAUGCGAAGGUGCGCGAUGUGUUAGUACAGGGACACAUUUUUUUAAACACCUCCCUGACGGAGGCAUAUUGUAUGGCAAUAGUGGAAGCAGCCGCCUGUGGCCUGCAGGUGGUAUCGACGAAGGUUGGUGGCAUUCCGGAAGUACUUCCCACAAGUCUGAUGAUUCUAACCGAACCAACCGUUGAAUCGGUUUAUCGUGGUUUGCGUGAGGCUAUUCGGCGCGAGAUGGAAAAGAAACAAAUCACCAGCAGCCGGUAUCUGAACGGAUCCAUUGAUGGACUUGUGCCGACACCGUCUAGAACGUCGUACACGGGACUGUGUGCAUUUGAGCGUAAUCAAAUCGUAGCCAAUCUGUACAACUGGAACAACGUGACCGAGCGGACGGAAAAAGUGUAUCGAACUGCACUGCGAGAAGCACCGACCACACUUGAAUUGAUGAUGAAAAAUUGCCUGAAGAGUGGUGUGUGGCCAUUUGUACUAGUAAUUUCUUUGUGCCAUCUUAUACUACGCUUCCUCGAUUGGUUUGUGCCACGGAGGAAUAUAGACUUAUGCGUGACGGAAAAUCCCUUCCUGAGCCCGGAUUACGAUCGGCAAACGUCGCCGGAAGACGUUCUCGCUACGACGGUACGCAAAAAACGGGAGAAAUUUUCCUGACGUCAAGCGGCCCUUUGCUCGGUGGACGAAUGAUUUGCUGCAAAGGGCUGCCCCCCUAUACGCUUCGCACACAAGCUUUUGGCUAUGAACUGAAUAUUGAAUGCAGAAAAACAAAACAUCCCAUUUGUGUAUUUGUCAUGGACGACUUAAUUGCAAAGCCGUGUAGCCAAUUUUAAGAGACAAUUUUGGUAUUAAUUAAAACAAUAAAUAUACAUCAGUUAUUGAUAUUACAACAGUA